AAUUAAACGUCAAAGUCAGCUGUAGACAGGCCGUGGACAAUUCGAUAUUCGUCCGCCACGCGAUUUCUGUGUUUGAAUUUGCAGUCGUUCGCCGGGUUAAGAUUGGCUUAAAAGUCCUCAAUAUUCGCGUCCAAUGGCUAACGAUCGAGAAGUGUUGCGGAUAGUGUGGGAGGGGCAGGUUCCCGUGUGUUUCCAGGCCGAUCCUGACGAGGUGGUUGGACUGCAGCAACCAGAGGAUUUCUACUUGAUGGUGUCGCGUCUCAGUUACUUGCCAUUGGUCACUGAUAAGGUGAAGAAGUAUUUUACGAAGUAUAUUUCAAACGAGCUGCAGGACGGCGAGAUUUGGUUCGACAGCAAUGGAACCCCACUGAAGUCGCAUUAUCCAAUCGGUGUUCUGUACGAUUUACUCCACCCAGAGGACGACGGCUUGCCAUGGAGCAUAACCAUACACUUCUCUAAAUUCCCGGAGGAUAUUCUGUUUAAGUUUUCCUCAAAAGAACUAGUUGAAUCCCACUUUAUGUCCUGCUUGAAGGAGGCUGACGUGCUCAAACAUCGUGGACAGGUUGUUUCCGCAAUGCAGAAGAAGGACCACAAUCAACUCUGGUUAGGAUUAGUUAACGGUAAUGAUAAGUUCGAUCAAUUCUGGGCUGUGAACAGGCGGCUCAUGGAACCAGUGGGCGAACAAGAGUGCUUCAAACACAUUCCAGUUAGGUUUUACAAUGAGGAUGGUACAUACAUGCAGAAAUUGAUCUCGCCUAUUAAUGAAGCUGGCCAAAAGCGCACACUAGAUGAUCUCCUCAAUGAUUUAUCCACGCCUUCUCGCCAAGCAGUUGGCGUUCGUUCGCAUGGCGUUAAAAUUCAUGGGGAUACUCCUUUACAAUGGAUGUCGGAACAUCUAAGUUACCCAGAUAACUUUCUACAUUUUUGUAUGAUAUAUGAAAACAUAUAAUCGUAUCUUAAAUAAGAUAAAGUGAAUUUAAAUAUUAUUUGAUAAAUUAUAAAUUAAGAAGUAUGAAAAACCACUAUCGACUUACUUCCGUGUGUGGAACAUGUGAAUGUUGGUUUCAUGAUGUAUUCCUUUUACUGUUCAUUGACUAUUCUACUCUUUGUCUAUGUUGCGUAUGAUCUUUUUAUAUUCCGACAUUACCAUUUGUGACUAUAUUUUGUACUUUAUAAAGGUAAGAAUAAAAAGUAAGAUUUCAGUUCCAAGCCUUAA